AUGGGGAUCUCAAAGCAGGAUCCCAUUAUCAUCGUUGGCGCUGGUGCGUUCGGUCUCUCAACUGCACUACACCUCUCGCAAAGUGGCUACUCCAAUGUCACAGUAUUUGAGCAAGAUGACGAGAUACCUUCUGCCUACUCGGCCGCAAACGAUCUCAACAAAAUUAUGCGGGCUGAGUACGAAGAUCCAUGGUACACCGAUCUGACAAUUGAAGCUGCAGAAGCGUGGAAAACACCUCUCUUUGCGCCUCAUUUCCACAGAGUCGGUUUUCUGCAUUGUGCCUCUGGUAAAGCUCAGCCAAAGGCGGUAGACACCCUGAACAGGUUUCGGGCGGCUGCUGAGAGGCAUCCUAAGCUAGCCAAGCACGUCGUGUCACUGGACUCCAAGGACGAUAUUCAAGACGCGUCCUGGCAACUGAAUGGCUCACUGCCAGGCUGGAAAGGAUACCUGAACCGUUACGAUGGCUACACCCACUCAGCUAACGCCCUAAGAGCAGUUCAUAAGGUUACUCAGGCGCAAGGCGUGAAAUUCUUCCUUGGCAAGGUUUCCGGCGCCGUUGCAGGGAUCAUAUACGAGCAGACUCCGAAUGGAAAGAAGAGCAAGGGCAUCAAGACUAAGGACGGCAAGUUCCACAGUGCCGCUCUGGUCAUAGUCGCCGCCGGCGCUGCAGCUGCCAAGCUGAUCCCUGAGGUUGGCCAAAACGUUGAUGCCAAAUCUUGGUCAGUUGCUCACAUCCACUUGACCGACGAAGAGACGUCGGCACUUCGCGGGAUCCCAGUCGUCUAUGCCCGAGAUCUUGGAUUCUUCUUCGAGCCUGAUCCUGAGACCAACCUCCUCAAGCUCUGCCCCAUGGGUGGUGGCUACAUCAAUACCAACAAGGGCGUAUCUCUCCCUCCGGAGCAUCGUGGUGCUAGCUCAGGUUUCCUGCCCGAGGAGGACGAGGUCAAGCUUCGAGAGCUAUUGCGCCAAACCAUCCCGGCGCUGGCCGAGAGGCCGUUCGUCAGGAAGUCGCUCUGUUGGUUUGCCGACACUGCCGACUCUGACUUCAUUGUAGACUACGUCCCUGAAUCCUCCAACUCUGUCGUCCUGCUUUCUGGAGACUCGGGGCACGGUUUCAAGAUGUUCCCUAUCGUAGGGAAGUGGAUAACCGCACUCCUGGCAUCAUCGAAGGGUCAGGACAAUACCAGGUGGCGUUGGAAGGCCCCCAAAACCAAGACUGGCGAGGAUUGGGGUAGCGGCGUGAGUUGGCGAAUCGGUAACACCACGGAAUACCGUGAUAUAAAGCGCGCGAGAGAGAGCAAGUUGUAA